GUGCCGCACUCGUCUUUUAUUAAUUUUCCAACACUUUCUCCACAUGUGAUAAACUUUUUUUUGCAAUAGUGCUGUGCCCAAUCAUAAUAGAAAUUACGAUAAUAUUGUACUUUUAAUUGAUAGUGUCCGCAUACAAUGAGGUUUAAUGAAACGUCUAGAUCGAGAGUAUAGGCUAACGCAGGCGUACCGAAUCCUGUGAGAGGCGAAUCACAUGAUGUUUUCCCUAUGCCGACGAUACAAAGAUGAAAACGAGCAUGGCGGAACACAAAUCAAAGGUGGCUACAUGCUACGAUACAAACGAAAGUACUUGUGGAGCACGUGGUCGGAGGAGUGGGUGGUGCUUUACGACGACUCCACUAUGGCCUGGUUUAAGGAUGCGUCGGCCAAAUGCAUGGCCACUCAAAAGCACCUGGUGAAAGAGAGCCCCGAUAUGCUGGCUAUCUCGACCUGGACGGGGCAGGUGCCAAAGCGCCCACCUUUGCCACCUAAUGCACGGCUCUCUCAGCUCAUGGCCCUCGGCUCCAGGAGGGACCCCGGGCAUGUCGUAUGGAUGCUUGCUAAAUCGGAUUCGGAGAUGAAGGAAUGGAUGGCAGCUAUCUCAAAAACUCUGCCUCCGCCGCCUCACAUCGAGCUGGUGAUGUCAAUGCCCUAUCUCCGUACUGCUUUCAAAAGACCAACGGUCAGAGUACGACCAACAACAUCUUCUGAAAUGUACGCGCGUUCGUCUCGCAACGCAGUGGGCGCACUGGACGGUCGCGGUCUUGUCGCGGUGAUCAAACGACAGGUACCACUGGCAGGACAGCUGGACCACGAACUGGCUUGGGGCCAGGGAUGGGGCUGGGUCACUUUGCCCAACGGCGUAUGGAGUGGACGUCUCACAUGGUCACAAGAAGGAGAGGACUUCGCACUCCACGCGAUGCCCAUCAUGCAUCACACCAAUGUUUCCCAAGCCUGUUCCAUGCUCGAUGGCGUCACAGCCUAUGAAGCUGCGGCCUACGAACAAGCUCUCGCUGAGUACGACGACGCUGCCACAACAUCAGAUGACUGGGACUUCGGAGUCGACUGUGGCGAUUUCAUGAUGUGAAGAUAUCGAAUUAUUUAUACGUACGGUCUUCUGAUUUCCUUUAAUCAACGAAUUCAAAGAAGGUGGAAAAUUUUGAGACGGCUAGUCAUUGAUAAAGCUCGCGAGUAUUUGUUAGCGUAACAUAUAUCCGUUUGACAUAACCAAUACUAAUAUUUGAUGUUUUCUUAAUCGUCAUAAAAUGGUUGAAUUAUAACGUGGUUCCAAAGUAUUACGCUAUACUAUUGCUCAAUAUUAGGUAAAGAAAGUACAUGUGCUGGUCACGGAAGAAACAUUUGAAUGCGACAAUUGAGAUAAAACUACAAUUACAAAAAAAUGUCUUAUGAAUUUUAUAUUUCAACAAUUUUCAGAGAGAGAAGUACCUACGUUAUUGAAUUGACUAAUAGGAAAGUGAUUCCUGUAAUAGUUGCAUGCUCUUUAGAGGUAACUGUGUUUGUUUUAGAGAAGAUGUAUGUAGCCAUUAAACCUUUAGAACCUCGUAUUUUAUUAUACGGCCUACAAUUCUUAGACGAUGUUCAAUUAGACAUAGACUUUGUAAGCACAGUAAAAAAUGGGAUUGGAUAAUUGUAAUAUUUUCUCACU